GUUCUUUGCCCUGUCUUUCCGGGGGAGAGGAGGUCCGUGCGUCUACGCUCCUUGCGCGCGGGGUAUGCUGGGAGUUGUAGUCCGAUGGGUGGGCCCAGCCUUGCAGAGUCCCCGGAAGUGGCCGCGUGAGAGGCCGAGCUGAGCCAGUUCGGGGUAGCGGGACUCCGAAUACUGGGCGCUGCUCCUGGGCAGGUCAUGAACGGACCGGCGGACGGCGAAGUGGACUACAAGAAGAAAUACCGGAAUCUGAAGCGGAAGCUCAAGUUCCUCAUCUACGAACACGAGUGCUUCCAGGAGGAGCUCAGGAAGGCUCAGAGGAAAUUACUAAAGGUGUCCCGGGACAAGAGUUUCCUUCUAGACCGACUUCUGCAGUAUGAGAACGUGGAUGAGGAUUCUUCUGACUCAGAUGCCACUGCAUCUUCAGAUAACAGCGAGACAGAAGGGACACCCAAAUUGGAAACACCAGCUCCCAAGAGGAAGAGAAGCCCUCCGCUAGGGGGAGCCCCCUCCCCCUCCAGCCUCUCCCUGCCUUCUUCAACAGGGUUUCCUCUUCAGGCUUCUGGGGCUCCCUCUCCAUAUCUGAGCUCGCAGCUGGCUUCCCCUCCUUACCCCCCAUUCCCUUCUGACUACCUGGCCCUGCAGCUGCCCGAGCCCAGCCCCCUGAGGCCCAAGCGGGAGAAACGGCCCCGCCUGCCCCGGAAACUCAAGAUGGCGGUGGGACCUCCUGACUGUCCUGUGGGCGGGCCGCUGACCUUCCCUUCCCGGGGUCCUGGGACUGGGGUCGGGGCGGCCCUCACCCCCUUGCCCCCUCCUAAGAUGCCCCCCCAUACCAUCCUGAGCACCGUCCCUCGGCAGAUGUUCAGCGAUGCUGGCAGCGGGGAUGACGCCUUGGAUGGGGACGAUGACCUGGUGAUUGACAUCCCGGAGUGACCAGCCAGUGCCAUGUGCCAGGCCCUGCUCAGCACCCCUCCCUGUGCCAGCACAAGAGCCCAGCUUCCUCAGAGGUGUUUAUUGAUGCCCAGUUGCCAUGCUUCGGCCACUGACACAAUCAGAAAAGGCGUAAACAUGCACAGUUGUCCCCCGGGAAGCGGGCAGGGGCCCUGCCCUCACAUUCUGGCCCCUGCCAGGGGACAGUUAUUUGAACGAGUGGUCAGGAGCAUCAGCCACCUCUUAGGGAGGCAGAGACCCUGUGGUGGCCACCCCCUUAGAAGGGCAGCUGUACAGGGCUAGGACCUUUUUUUUUUUUUUUCUUUUAAAUGAAGAUUCUGUGUUAAAGGAUUGGCUCUUCUUUUUCCACCCCUCCCCCUUGAACUUUUUCUUUUGGAAAUCUCCUCCAUACCUCCCCUAAUCCGACCUCCUCCCUGUGGGAUGGGGAUCGGGGCAGCCUGGAGAGGCAGGAGAGAGGCAGCAGGAUGGGUAGGCAGGGGGUGGUGGUCAACAGGACUCCCUCCCCUGUGCAUGGGGGUGGUUUGCAUAUUUGCAGGCAGGAAGUUUGCAUAUGUGAAUAUAGAUCUCCCCAGUCCCUCACAAGAAGACAGACCCACGGUCACAGAGACUCUCACAAAAAUAAGACAGGUAGUGCAGGGCAGAGGCAUAUGCCUCAUGUAAACGUGCAACACACUCGUGCGAAGGUUGGGUACUGGACCCUGCCCAGGGGGCUUGUGCGGGGCAGCUGCCAUCCGCUCAGGCUGAGGGGAGAGCGCUAGCCGCUGGGGGCAGCUCGCUGGUCAGGGUGUGCCAGCGCUCCAGGACUGCAUCCGGCUGCUGUAGACAGUCGCUCCAGUGCUUCCGGGCCUCUCCUCGGGAGCCCGGCCCCAGGGACACGCCACCUGGAGUGCAGGCCGAGUCAGGGCCAGUCAGGGCCCCGCGUCCACCAGUCAGCCCUCCCUCUGCACCAGCGUGCUGCAGCAAAGCUCCUCCCCUCACCUAUGAAGUCGUUGGAUUUGCCAAUGUCGUAGUCCCAGACUGUGACUUCCAGAGUCUUGGUAGCCAGAAUGGAGAGCUCCAUCUCAUAGAAAAACUCCUAAGGACGAGAUGAGCCACAUCGCUCCCUGAGGCCCUCGCCAGCCCUGCCUCAGACCACCGCCACUUCCAGGCCCUGCCUGGGUUACCUCAUUAAAUUCUGGGUUUAGAGUUUUCUUCUUCACACACGUCUUAUGCUUGGAUUUCUUAUCCACAUCUGGUCUCAAGUACCUGGGGGAGGGGCAGGAGCCAUGAGCUUAGGGACAGGAGGGGACACUGAGGAGGUGCUCUGGGGUCUGGCUCCCUGGGGAGGACAGUGAGGACUCACGUCUUCACAUAAGGAUCAGAGUAGCCAUUGACGUCCAUGGCAGCUAGGUGGGCACAGCGGAUGACGCCCACCAGCAGGCCCCUGCGC